AUGAUAUCCGACCCACGCUUUCAGUAUGAUAAUGUUCUCUUUGUGGAUGAUGAUGAUACUUCGGAAACAGUCAUUUUCAAUAUACGAUCUUGGUACCUGACUCUUGUAGGUAUACUUGUGAAAUAUGGUAGCCAAUCGAUCAGUGAUGCGACUACGAUGCUCGACAAUUCAUGGCUAAUCAAGGGUUUCUGCUGUGAAACAUACAAGCAGGUGUGUUUGUACAGUCAUGAAUACGAGUAUUAUUGGGCCAUGCUUGUUUUGCAUGGGGAUUUGUUCUGGCGCAGGGGAAUUAGUGGCGACUUGCCAACAGGAUAUGAUCAGUGGGAGCAAGAAUACAUACGCGCUAACGGCCUUGCGGAAUCAAUAUUUGAAUUCAGUUAA